UUUAUUUGUUUGAAGGGGGCGGGGCGUGAGAUAUUUAUAGGGGGUGGAUCUGAACGAGUAGAGUGAGCAUCAUAUCCAGUGAGAGAAGUUUAUACAGAAGAAUGGCAGAGAGUGGACCUGUGAGUCUGGUGGGGUCUUGUGAGGAGGUCAUCUCACAGAAGACUAGUGGGAAAUUAGACGCUCAGUUUGACGAGAUGGUUGGUACCAUUCAGGAUAUUUUGUUUGAGGAGGGACUGGGUGAGCUGCAGCGUGAGUUCUUUGACAAGCACUACCAUAAUUUCGAGGACACAGACGAGAACAAGUUUAUCUACACUGACAUCUUCAAGGAGUAUACAGAGCUGGUCGAGACACACCUGGAGUCUGAGUUGAAGAAACGACUGCCUGGGUUUGAGAUGGACAAGUUCAUGAUUUCAUUAGAGUCACGGAAGGAUGAGAUAGGAGAUGAGAUUUUGGACAUGUUUCAAUCGUUCACUGACUUUCUCACAUUCAAAGAGACUGUACUGGACUACAAGGCAGAAAAGGAGGGCCGCGGUCUGUCGCUGGGUGGACUCACUGUGAACUCUUCUAGCUAGCUCUAAAUUGAACACUUUAUUUACCACUGCAUGACUUAAUGAUGCAACAAAAUCACUUAUCCAUACAUAA